AUGCUUGUGGCAAGUCGCCUCCCUAUCCUGGCGAACUUUUCCACCUGGUUGCCCACGUUGGUGGCCCUGCCUGUAACGUCUGCCCCGCUGCCGAUGCGCCGUGCCAUGCUUUACCGAUACUCGGCACAGGCUGUGUUCCCUCGUACAUACCCACCCAGCCCUGUGCUGACUACCCUUCUGCUUCCGUGGCUGCGUGUGCUAUACAUUGCCGUCAAGCGCCAAGUCUAUCGGUAUGUGCUGUCUUCCCCUCCCCGUCGCACGCGCAACCGCCCUGCACAGGACGAGGGCCGCCGGGAGCCCCAGCCCCCCCCUACGCGCAUGGUUAUCGUUGGUAAUGAUACCGAAGGUGCAAUGUUGGUGGACGGUGUACCCGACCGUACCGAAGAAGACACCUAUGAGACAUUGGACGAUGGCUCGCUGGUCCAUCAGGGUGGCUGGGAAGCUGAGCAGGGUUUGCCACUUGACGAGCUCGAGUACCGCGUAUUCGACGAGACGGAACUGCCCGGUACUAUCUAUGUGACCUACUACAGUCUCUCCAAACUGCUUGUUCAAUCUCUUGGCUUCCCCUUCAUUGCCAGUUUCAUGGGCGGCAUACUUGGUGCUGCCUCCAAGUACAGCAACACUUUGCGUUCGAUUCUGGGCAUUGCACCCGGCAUCUCUCCCCAACCUGGCUGUGAGAGCUGGAUCAGUCUUCUCUGGCCGAAAGACCGCGAAGGGGAGAUGCCCAUGGUGGUGCCUGGCUCGGAGCCAUUGUGGGUCGACGAUAUGGGUGCGGUGUAUGAUGAUCUGGACCCUGUUUGGUACCGGAACGCAAUGGGAGGCGCCUUGUACCUUGUUGUCAAAGACAGCUUGGUCCUUCUCUACCGCUAUCUGAACAAGAAGCAGCGUGGUCAGCAACGCAUCAAAGAUUUCCCCUUUAGCGAAGGGGUUGCCAAGGAGCUGCUCGCGUCACGUCCAUAA